AUGGCAAGAACUAAGCAAACCGCCCGUAAAUCCACCGGAGGAAAGGCUCCGCGAAAGCAGCUCGCCACCAAGGCUGCUCGCAAAAGCGCACCAGCGACCGGAGGGGUGAAGAAGCCCCAUCGUUACAGGCCCGGCACAGUGGCUCUGAGAGAGAUCCGUCGCUACCAGAAGUCCACUGAGCUGCUGAUCCGCAAGCUGCCUUUCCAGCGUCUGGUCAGGGAAAUUGCCCAGGACUUCAAGACCGAUCUGCGCUUCCAGAGCUCUGCUGUCAUGGCUCUUCAGGAGGCCAGCGAGGCUUACCUGGUUGGUCUGUUUGAGGACACCAACCUGUGCGCCAUCCACGCCAAGAGGGUGACCAUCAUGCCCAAGGACAUCCAGUUGGCCCGUCGCAUCCGCGGGGAGCGUGCUUAA